AUGUCCGCGAUACUGUUGUCCUCGUUACUGUUCGCCGCAUUACUAGUCACUCCAGCGGUAGCCCAGGGGACAGAUGCGGCCUCCCCCGGCUGUACCGUCUCCGCGUCGGCGGUAUCCUGCCCGGCGGGACUUGGGGGCCGCGCAUUUGCGCUCAACGCGCAAGCUUACAUCGCGGGCGCAGGCCGAGAAAACGCGCUCGUCCUGGGCGCGGGCGGAACCGCGGAUAAGGGAUCCGCGGGUUCCGCAUUCACUAUCGCCGUGCUCUCGCCUCCGCUCGGUGGCGGAGGCUCCUUUUCGGCGCGCUUCACGUUCCAGCUGGAGGGGCAGAACGAGGCUGACGUGGCAACGGGGCUUGCUUUCGUCAUCAUUGGCGGAACCAACACCGCUGUCGGAUCGCCUAGCUCUGCCGGCUACGGCGGCGCCGCCUUCGAUGCCAGCCUGGCAGUGGUGAUCAACGGCCGCCCGCCCAUCUCUGCCGGCCUGCUGCUGGGCGGCAAGGCGGACGGCACUGCCGGAUGGGCGGCUCUCAACCCCUCCGCGCCUGACGCACCCCAUCUCCUGGUCCCGGGGGUGCAGCAGCACGCCUGGGUGGACUACGACGCCUCCCACUCCUCCCUUCUCCUGGUCCCGGGGGUGCAGCAGCACGCCUGGGUGGACUACGACGCCUCUAGCACCACCCUCCGCCUCUUCCUCAGCGGCUCCUCCCCCACCAAGCCUGCAGCUCCGGUGCUCUCCGAGCCUGUCAACCUGGCUCGGACGCUCGGCUUGGCCGCAGACGGCAGCUGCCCAGAUGGCAUUGGCGAGGCGGCGGUGGGCGGCGGUGGUUGUCUGUUUGUGGGGUUUACGGGAGGGUCGGCAGCAGUGGAUACAGUUGAGCUGGCAGCAGCGGGAGUGGUUCCCGGAGGGGAGCUCAUCCAGACCGUUGACUCGUUUGACUUCAAAUUCCUCUCCGCCGGCGCUACAGCCGGCGCUACAGCCGGUGCUACAGCUGAUACUGCCACUGCAACCUCUGCCGAUGCUACCAGCACUGAGUCACGCCUCCCCCGCUCGGCAGAUAUCAGCAGUGCAACGGUGGCUUCCUUCGGAGCCACAGACCCCUCUGCUGCAGGCGGCGGUCUCUUCUCAGUCGCCUCUGUCGAUUCCAGCUCUGGCACUGGUGGUCUCACUGCCUCUGCCGCCCCUGCCCCUGCCCCUUCCGCUAGCUCCCCCUCCUCCUGCAACGUCACUGCCACCAGCAUCUCCUGUGCUGGUUUUUCCUCUUCUUCCUCCUCCUCGCCCUUCUUCAUCCUCUCUGGGGAUGCUCAGAUCGGGCCCGGACCGAACUUCCCCAUCUGGCUCGACACCACCACCAAUGCUGCAGGCUGCGCCUUCUCCAUCCCGAGCCUCAGCCUCAGCCUCGGCACCGGACCGGUGGCGUUUGAGGCGGCGUUUUCGUUUUCGUUUGCGGCGAGUGCGGAUUACAACAGCUGGGGUAGUCGAGGGCUGGCGUUUGUGCUCACUGCCGGGGAGAAGACCGCCUGUGGCCGCAGCUCCGCCAGCAACAUAGGGUAUGGAUCAGCCCCUAACGCGUCGUUCGCAAAUAGCAUAGCAGUGGAGCUGAGAGCGCGGCCGACGGCGUGUGUGGCGGUGGUGGUGGGCGGGCAGGUGGCCGGCGACAACUGUGCCGACUCCGAUGCCAUGGCGCUGCUGCCGCCAGGGCAGGCGUUCACGCUGAACGAGCCGCAGCACGUGUGGGUGAGUUAUGACGGCAGCAGCGGCACGCUGCAGGUGUUUGUCUCCCCAGGCGCGGCCACCAAGCCCACCGCACCUGUGUUGGUGGCGCCCAUCGAUGUGGCGGCGGUUCUGGGAGGCACGGCGGGGCUGUCGGUGGGCUUCACAGGCGCGUCGUGGUGGACGUGGGUGGACGACCUGGAAGACCACAUCAUCCACUCCCUGUCUUUUGAAGCUGUCCCCCCCGGGUCGCAGCAGUCCCUGCCACCCUCCCCUGCGCCCACCACGUGCCACCUCGCCCCCUCCCACACGCGUCUCACCUGCUCGGGCUUUGCGGGCCGCUCAGCCUUCCGCCUGAACGGCUAUGCCCACGUGGGGCCCGCCCCCUCCUUCCCCCUCGUCCUCGACACCGGCGGCACCGCUGGCAGCGCGCUCACCCUCGCUGACCUGGCACUCUCGCUGGAUUCGUCCACGUCCGCAGUAACUGUAGGAGGAGACCCGGCGGCAGCAGUGGCGUUUGAGGCGGCGUUUGCGUUCUCGGUGUGGACGGAGACGUCUUAUGGCUACCGGGGUAGCAGGGGUUUGACUUUUGUUGUUAGCAGCGGCGACAAGACUGCCUGCGGGUCGAGUGAUAUGGGAGCCAUAGGGUACGGGGGAGCGGCACCAGGGGCGUUUAACGGGAGUGUGGCGGUGGAGGUGCGGUCGGGGCCCACCUCGUGUGUGGCUGUGGUGGUGAACGGCGUGGCUUCAGGCGACAACUGCGCUGCUGCUGACCACAUGACCGGCCUCACAGGAGACCAGGUCAGUUCAGUGCGGUAA